ACGCACAUGACGAUUCUGCAUCCUUUUUCUCUCACUCGUAAACCGUAAUCGUGAUCGAUUGUUUACUUUUUGUGUUGUUUUAUGUAUGAGGAAAGUGUUUUUAUUUUUGUAUCUAUAUUUAGCCAGAAUAUUCGAGUAUAAUUUAAUUAACUUAUUAUUUAUUAAUAUUUUAAAUGUAUUCUAGCAAUUAUGUUUCGUGGUAAAGGUUGGUUUUCUGGCGGAAUGUGGAAACCUAAGAACCCUCACUCAUUAGAGCACUUGAAGUACCUCUAUCAUGUGCUGUAUAAAAAUCAAACUGUGAAUGAGCAAAACAAGAGCUUGCUUGUUGAAACUUUGCGAUCAAUAGCUGAAAUUCUUAUUUGGGGAGAUCAAAAUGAUAGUACUGUUUUUGACUUUUUCCUGGAAAAGAAUAUGCUCUCAUUUUUUUUGAAGAUAAUGAAACAGAAAUGUGGACGUUAUGUUUGUGUUCAAUUAUUGCAAACUUUGAAUAUUUUGUUUGAAAACAUUAGAAAUGAAACAUCUCUAUAUUAUCUAUUGUCAAACAAUCAUGUGAAUUCCAUAAUUGUCCAUAAAUUUGAUUUCUCAGAUGAAGAAGUAAUGGCUUAUUACAUUUCAUUUUUGAAGACAUUGUCCUUGAAGCUCAAUACUCAUACUAUUCACUUUUUCUACAAUGAACACACAAAUGAUUUUCCUCUCUACAAUGAAGCAAUUAAAUUUUUUAAACACAGUGAAAGUAUGGUGCGAAUUGCUGUACGAACAUUAACUUUAAAUGUGUUCAAAGAAGUUACUAACUUUUUAAAAUGGGAAAAAGUUUUCAAUACAAAAUUUGAAAAAGAAAGAAUGCAAAAUAUAACCGGCCAGCAUAUGGUCUACAAUAGCAGCGAAGCUGAGAAAAAUUUGUUCUUUAUAGAGAAAUCUCAAAAAGUAUUAAAAGUGGAUGAUAAAGCCAUGCUAAAAUUUAUCAGAGAUAAAACUGCUGCACCAUAUUUUUCUAAUCUGGUUUAUUUCAUCGGACAACAUGUGAUGGAAUUAGAUAAGUGUGUUAAAUCAGCAUCUGAAUUACAAGUGCAAACUAAAUUGGCUGACCUAGUUGCUGAGCAUUUAGAUCAUCUGCAUUAUCUGAAUGAUAUAUUGUGCCUUCAUAUUGAAGCUUUGAAUGAUGUUCUUACUGAUCAUUUGUUGAAUAAAUUACUGGUUCCAUUAUAUGUAUAUUCUCUUGUACAAAAAAUUCCUAAUUCAAGUCCUGAGGAAGAAAAGUCUAGAGUUAGUCCUAUAGUGUCUCUAUUUUUGCUGUCUCAGGUUUUUCUGAUAGUAUCUCACAAGCCUCUUGUUCAAAAACUUGCAAAUAUUAUACUUAAUGCAAAGAUGUCACUAUUUGCAAAUGGCUCACAAAAUAUUGUUGCACACAGUUUUCCCAAUGAUAGCUCUUCAUCAUUUUCCCCUUUACAAUUGUUGGGUGCCCAAGAACAGGAAGCAAUCAGAAAUAAUGAUCAGUAUACUGAUGGAAGCAACCCUGAAGAAGCUUCCAAUUUGUCUGAUGAGGAAAAGGUAAAAGCUGCUCAGAAAUCAAUUCAACAAGGCCACAGAAAUAGUCAAAAUUCUGAAAUGUUACAGCAAAGUUUCUCAUUGACUAACAGGCCAUUCUUGGAAGCCAUAUUUUCUGCAUUAGAUUGUAGUGAAAAUGACCAUGCCACCUUAUUUUCUUUAUGUGUUUUAUAUGCAUUAGGAUAUAAUCCUGGAAUUAGUCAGGAUGUUUUAGAUACUGUUUUAAUGCCAUCUGAUAAGUCUGAAACAAAACACUACUAUAAUGUUAGCUUGGCGGAGAAGUUAAUCCAAAUAAUUAAUCUUAGUUGCCAGUAUAGUAGCAAAAUCCGUAUAGCAACUCUUCAGAUGACACUAUUACUGUUAAAGCAGCUUGCGUUAAAAAACACUGAAAGCUGCUUACUAGACUGUCACUUAGCUGCUAUUGAACAAGCUCGGGAAGAAAGCACAGUUAUGCUCAGAAAUUUCUACAAAAGCGAAGAAAUAUUUUUGGACAUGUUUGAAGAUGAGUAUGAAGAAAUGAAAAAAAAAGCUCUCAAUGUUGAGUAUUUAAUGAUGGAUGAAAAACUUUUGCUGCCUCCUACUGGUACUCCUAUGUCUGGCAUUGAAUUCCACAAACGUCUUCCGUGUGGUGAAGUAGAAAGGGCUAGAAGGGCUAUCAGAGUUUUCUUCCUUCUUCGAGAUUUAUCGUUGACUUUGCAGAAUGAGCCUGAAAAUCAACUACCUUUGACAAACCUCUCUUCUUGCAUUAAAGUUAAUGAUGCUCUUGAUCUCAAUAACAGUGACCUCAUUAGUUGCACCGUCAUCACCAAGGAUGGUCAAAAAAUAAAAGGCUUUAUGGUUAUAGAUGCUUUACAACUCAUCCUUGUAGAUCCUGAUAAUAAGCGUGUUGGUUGGGGAAUUGCAAAAUUUGUUGGAUUUUUGCAGGAUAUUGAGGUGACUGGUGAUAAAGACGACAGCCGUUGCCUCCACAUUACUAUUCACAGGCCGUCAAGUAUUGCAACAGGAAGUAUUAGAUCCCCGCUCCUUGCUGCGAAGUUUGUGUUUGACGACCACAUCAGGUGUAUGGCAGCUAAGCAGAGGCUGAGCAAAGGACGCCAGAAAGCUCGUCAACGCAAGCUUCACCAGAUAGCCCGUCUAUUAGAACUUCCUGACCACAUUCAACCCUGUCCCUCUCCUCUCCGACAUAGCUUGCAUUCCGUCAAGUCGGCAGACUUCUCUUCCUUAAUGCAUCGUAGCCAGUCUCAAGAUACUGGUUUAAAAGGUAAAGCAGCUGGAAGCAGUAUACGCCAUUGUCAUCACCGUCCCCUCAUGUCUACGUCAAGUCGUGUACCUGGACAUGCAACGAUUCUGAAACAUGGGGAGAGUAGCCAUUUAUCUGUGUCCUCAGAUACCAGUGACAAAAGUCUGCGUUCUGCUGAGAGAAAACGUACUGGCAGCAGUCCGUCAUCACCUCGACGACAUGGCUCUAGGUCUAGAGAAUCUUCACCCAGGCAACAUGCUUCGAGUACGAGCUCAGAAGAAAUACCCUUAGAAGAUUUAUCAAGAAUACACAGUUCUCGCCAUGGCAGCCCAAGUAUAAGAAGACGAAGCUCAUCUGGUCUACCACAGGCUAGAAUAAGUGCUCCUCCUGGACUCUGCCACCUGCAGCAACAAAGUGUUCUAACUCAGAGUACAAGUUCUACAACUAGUUUGAAUGAUAAAUUAUCCACACCAGCUAACAGUGAAAGGGCCUCAAUAUCAAACGAUGAACUCUUUUGUGGUACUACAGUGCUUCAAGAAACCUCAGAACCUUCCACAGCUGACAGCGAAGCGGAAGAUCCUAAACCACCCAGUGAAUCUGAUGCGGCACAGCUGAGUCCUUCAGAAGUUUGCACCAAACCUUGCUGUGCUGCUGAGCAGUCGAGUGAAAAAGUCCAUCCAUCCCAUUCGGAAGCUUCAGUUGUUGCUAAAUCAAAACAGGAAUCAGAAGUGCUGACUCCUCAAAACUCUUCUUCAUCGAGCAAAAUAAAAGGCGCAAUUCAAACUGUAUAACACUGCUAUUUUUAUUUUAGACUCAUGAUAGAUAUUUGUUGUCUCUGGUCACUUUUUCAAUGUGGAUUUUUUUAUUCAAUUAUACUUCUCUCGCUUUCACUAAUGGUACACAACAUUUCUGCUUGAAAUCGUCAAUAUUAAUUGCAAUAGUUUGGAUUUUAAAAAUUGAUAAAUAAGAAUUUUUUCUUUAU